AGUGCACGCCAGGUUGCAUGUUACGUGCAGAAUCGCUAGUCUUGUGUUGUCGAUUAUUUUAAACCUGCCCAUGUGUAUUAUCGUGUGUCUAAACAUGUUUUGGACCUGAGGACUGCGACACAUCGUUUGAACAGUUUGUGAUGAACUUAGUCGCAGUCGGAAUAAGCGAUACCACGGAGAACUCGCUUACGCUUUGUGAGUAAAAUGCUAGCUACUUUUAGCUUUUUUAAGAUCAGCUGGUAACCUUACCAAAUACGGUUAUUAGGAUAACAAACUGUUAGUUAAAUGGCGAUUUAACUGUUGUUCUUGCUGUUUAGUUACUUGCUCGAGGAAACACUGGACUUGGAGAGUAGUAUUAAGUUAGAAGGGUCACCUAACAGCUCGGUACACCUGGUGACCUUCCUGACAGCAGGGUGUGUGUGACUGACUUCUUGACUCUCUGUCGGCAUGUGGCCGGAGGACUGACGUGUGAACCAGCAUGUCAGCUCCUUGCAGGGCCGUCAGUGAACGCCUCUAAUCGGACAUGUCAUUGAGCUUCUGGUCGUGCGUUCGCCUACAAGCAUGGCUCGCCGCUCGGUGGUGAACUUGGUGCGCUUUGGGAAUCGAGCUGUCAGUCUGCUGUAUGGGAGCUCUGUUCGCCCCCUCCACACUUCAACAUGUAGCAGCUCAUCUCAGCCAAAAGCUGGAUUCAAACCGGGAAGGGUCGCAGUGGUGACGAAGACUACGCGCUAUGAGUUUGAGCAGCAGCGGUAUCGCUACGCAGGGCUGUCUGAGGAGGACUUGAAGCAGCUGCUUGCUAUGAAGGGCUCCAGCUACAGCGGCCUGCUGGAAAGACACAACAUCCACACCAAUAAUGUGGAGCACAUCGUGAACAGCCUGCAGAGAGAAGGUAUUGAAGUCCAAGUGGUGAAGAGAGGAGAAUACGAUGAAGAAGUGGUGCGAUGGGCAGAUGCCAUUAUCUCUGCUGGGGGUGAUGGGACAAUGCUACUUGUUGCCAGUAAGGUUUUAAGCAAGGACAAACCAGUUGUUGGAGUAAACACAGACCCCGAGAGGUCAGAAGGUCACCUGUGCCUGCCUGUGCGCUACACUCGUGCCUUCCCAGAGGCUCUGGAGAAACUCUGUCGUGGGGAGUUCAGGUGGCUGUGGCGUCAGAGGAUCCGUGUACACUUAGAGGGCACAGGAAUCAAUCCCACCCCCGUGGACCUGCAUGAACAGCAGCUGAGCCUGGAGCAGCACAGUCAAGCUCACCGCAUCACCACCAUGGAUCUCCAGCGGAAGACAGGAACACUCCAUGAGAGCUUCUUCAAGCCCAGUCUCCUCCCUAUCAGGAGCCUCAACGAAAUCUUCAUCGGAGAAUCUCUGUCCUCCAGCUCUAGCACCUUCAUCCCCAUCGGGAUCGGGAAUCUCAGUCCACCGCAGGGUGACGUUGAAACGCCUCAAACCCCAUGUUUCCACAGGGCUUCCUACUACGAGAUCUCUGUGGAUGACGGCCCCUGGGAAAAGCAGAAGAGUUCUGGACUCAGUAUUUGCACAGGAACAGGAUCCAAAGCCUGGUCAUACAACAUCAACAAACUUGCUGAACAAGCUGUGGAGGAGGUGCUGAGAAUCGGAAAGUCCCAAACAGGUCUUGAUAUCCCACUUAAUCACGACUUCAUUGAAAAAGUUACCGAUGAAUACAACGAGUCUCUGGUGUUCAGUCCGGACGACAGACGUCUGUUCUACAGCAUCAGGGAGCCCAUCGUCAACAGAGUGUUCUCCAGCAGUCGGCAGAGAGGCUUCGCCAGCAAGGUGUGCGUCCGCUCGCGCUGUUGGGACGCCUGCAUGGUGGUCGACGGCGGGACUUCAUUCGAGUUCAACGACGGCGCCAUCGCAACGAUCGGCAUGAGUGAGGAGGAUCAGCUCCGCACAGUCCUGCUCGAAAACUGAGCCGAGCCCAGAGACACAACACUAGACUGUUUCUGUCCAGGGCUCGAAGAGACCACCAGGCUCCACAUGUUUUUAUACCUGGGGGGAAAAAGGUAUUACUGUUUGUUUUAUUAAGUAUGUGCAUUGUGAAUUUUUCCAAAUGAUUUCCAAAUCACUCACGCUUUUUAAUCCCCCCCCCCACACACUAUCUGAAGAUUAUAACAGGUUAGAAUCCAUGUUGUAGAUAUUGAGUCAAACAGUAUUUAAAGUAUGUUUCUAUUGACUGUCUCUGAGCAGAAACAGAUGAGAGAUCAGGUGUAAUGAGGGCUCGUGUUAAUGAAUUGUUAAGAUAUAUUAACAUAUAUAUCUGUUCUGAUUGGGUGUUGGUCCAUGUUGGUUGGAACACUGAGUUACUCUGUCAGUAAAGCUGACGCCUAGCCUUGAUGAUGUUGCAUGUCUAUGUGGGGAUCAAAUGCAAAUGGACAGAUAUUGUGAUGUGCUUUCACACCUUUGUAGCCAUGGUUAAUGACUUCUGAAGGACAAGAAUGAAGGUAUUCUGUUUUUUUACUGUCAGCAAACCCCAAUCAGUCGACUCUCGCCGCUUUCUGACUUCUCUGAAUUUCCCCAAGUCCAUUGGUUCCUACUGAAGACGUAAAUCUUCAGUAGAAAAAGCUCACAAAUAUAUAGUUUCACUUAAAAAUGGGGCUCAGUAAUUUCUUUAAACUUUAUUCAUUGUAGUUUUUAACAAGCAUUACUCAAAUGUAUGAAGUAGUGUUUUUGUUGGGGACUGUUUUCAAAGGUGGAUUAAUGCACAUUUGGGGCAGCAAGUGGGACUGAGUCAGAAUAAACUACAGUGUGUGUGUGAGUGUGUUCGUGGUCAUGAACAUACACACUGAAGUGCACCGCUGUGGCUCAUUGGUGUGUUUUUAAUAGUUUAUGCUUUUGAUACACACACAACACUUGUUAGCAGCAUGCAUUCUUUGUUAUAUGGGAUUUGUUGACAAGAAAAAAAACUGAAUAUCAGCAGACUUACCCUUCGUGCUGAAAGCAUAUAAAAGCGUAUCUAUACGGUGAACUGAAAGCACAGGGCUGCUUGUUACGGCUUGUUUGUUGACUAGAGAUAUUUUUGGAACAUAGCUUAUAUUUUUUUCUAGCUGUUUGAGCCACUUGGGUCCUGAAAAUGAAAUUGGAGAGGAAACAGUGAAGUGCACCAAAAACAGAACUCCAUGCGUAAAAGGGAUAUUUUGCUCCAUGUUUUAGGUCAAAAACCUGCCCUGUAACAUCUCACAAAGCAGGAAAAUUAGCUUUGGAAGUGUUACUUUAACCGUGGCAUGUGCCCCUGGUGGACAGGACUAAUAUUUCCAACAAAAGCUUCAUUAUUGAAACUGAUCUCAUCUGAUAGAAAGUGAGACUAACAAAACUGAAACCACUUGACGCUAAAUGCUUGAAAGAUACUGUUCUGUGAUGUCGAAAUAUAAAGAGGACACAGUGUAGUCGUGGUCAUUUUUGAUAUGAAUUAAAACCGACAAGUCUCUUGUGCUCACUUUGAGUUCUACUCGAUGUGAAAAGCAUCUCUGGCGCACCUUGUCACACCUCCCUGCCCUGGACCGUGGGACCAGAGGGGGGCUUUUUGAGGAUUAGUUUAUGAUCAGGACAUUGUGAUCCGUGUGCCAAAGGCAGGACUCUUUAUUAAAGUGUUGUCAGUAUGUUAGGAUGUGUAUUGUUUUUGAAUCAGAUAAAGUGGUAUGAAAACCAA